UUGGCCGUGGCUGGCAUUGCAGGGGUAUACGUGCCGUUCCGGGUGGACGUCGUGGCGGAAUUCCUGCGGCUGGCGCCGUCGUUGGGGGUCCGUGGGCUGUCGGUGACCAUCCCGCACAAGGAGACGGUGAUGGCUCUUCUGGCGCGGACCGACCCGUCGGUUCGCGGGGCCGGAGCGUGCAACACGCUGGUCUGGGAGCAGGGCGGGUGGACCGGGUACAACACCGACAUCGCGGGUUUUCUGGCACCCCUGCAGCCGGCGCUGGCAGCCGGUCGUGUGCGGCGCGCUACGGUGGUCGGCGCCGGUGGUGGCGCCCGGGCAGUGGUGUGGGCGCUGCGCGGUGCCGGGGUGGAGGUGCUCGUCGUCAACCGCAAUCUGCAGCGGGCGCAGCAUCUCGCGGCCGAGAUGGGUGCCGCGGCCAUCGCCCUGUCCGCCGGUGAUCUGGCAGCACAGGUCGCCCGCCACAGCGAUCUGAUCGUGCAGGCCACCAGUGUCGGGAUGCAUGCCGGCGCGGCAGAUGCAGCGCGCGGCGCGGCCCACGAUCCCAUCGCCGCGGUCCCGCUCGCCGGACACGAGACCGUGUACGACAUCGUCUAUACACCCCCGAACACUCCCCUGAUUCAGCGUGCUCGGGAGGCCGGCUGCCAGGUCGUCACCGGCGGGGAGAUGCUGCUGGGCCAAGCCUACGAGCAGUUCCGUCUGUUUACCGGGAUAGAAUACCCCGCCAGCGAACGGGGGCACAUGAGCGCCGCGCUUGGCGCCGGAUAA